GCAACCUUAGGAGACAUUGAAGCGAAAGUGUGGAGCGAGCUUCAGAAAGAUUUGGGCUAAGAGUGGAUUUAUUUGCAUUUAUUUAUUAAAUGAAAUCUCAUGUGGUCAGGUUUUAAACUCGGGUUCUGUUAUUUACGGAAAAUAUCAACACAUUCACAUUUAUAAGUGUCGGAGAGUCAUUAGAAGCCCAAACCCGGAAAUGGCUGCUGAAACUGCGUCACUGUGUUGGAUUUUGCUGUUCCAAGUCUUCGUGUUUGUCUGUGCAGACCAGGAAACCCUCAUCACAGCUGAGACUGGACAGGAUGUUCCUCUGACAUGUCGAGCUCCAAACAAGAACAACAAGAACAAAAUCGUUGUUGUAAAGUGGAGCAGAACUGACCUGGAGAAUGAACAUGUGCUUAUGUACCGCAAUGGUCAGUUUGUUACAGCCAAGCAGCAUCCAUCUUUUAAGAACCGGGUGGAUCUGCAGGACAGACAGAUGAAGGAUGGAGACGCGUCUUUGAUCCUGAAGGAUGUGACAACUGAUGAUGAGGGAACAUAUGACUGUAGUGUUUUCAUGGAAGGAGCACACUCAUGGGAGCUCAUCAGCAUCAUCUACCUGAGAGUUGAUCCUCCAGAUCAAGCAGAAGGAGACACAGAAGCUGCAGGGAAGGAGGAUGGAUCUGUUGGACUGAAAGUUGGUCUGUUAGUUCCUUUGGUGGUUCUUGCUGUUGUUGGUUUUGCGAUCUACAAAAGAAAGCAACAGGAUCCUAAGAUUUCUGAAGAUCAAACACCUCUGCAGUCUUUACAGGACCCUGAAGAAUAUUGUAUGAAGACAAAACAGAUAUGAACUAUCCUGAACAUCCAGGAGGCAGCAGACGGCUGUAGUUGACAGAUUGACAGAAUUUGUUUUUAUUUCUCAUUUCUCUGAUUAUCAUCAUCUUCACACUCAGACCAACAGUGUGUAUCUGUGCUGUCUGUCACUGACUCUGAACUGCAGCGUUUAUUCAUCUUUAAGGCCAUUACACACCGGACGUGUUGUGAAUAAUUCGUCCACAUAAAACACACUGUGAAAACAAUGAGGUAACAUCAAGCGAUGAUGUAAUGAGGUUGUGACGUUUCAGGAGAAGGAAGAAACAGAGUUUAUGGGUUCAUCCAACUCAUAAGAAAGCAGCAGCAGGGAGAGUUUCAUGGUUUGAAGCUGCA